UGCGAUCAGCUGUUACCUAUUUAUUUAAAGCUGCCACGAAAUUGCAAAUUUUCAGGACUAUACACUUUGCAGUGAAAAUAUUAACAAAUGUUUAAAAAUUAGUGCAAUAUUAUUGAAUAGAAACAUAUAAAUGGAGCGCUCAAAGCGUGACCUUGAGUCACUGGUCACAUCCCAAAAGGAACAACUAAUUCGCUAUGAAACCAGAUUAAAAGAUGUAGUUACUGCUUACAAAGGCUUACUUAAGGAAAAAGAAGCCCUAGAAUCUAGUUUAGCAGCUGUUACAUCAGCAAAAGCAAAAGAAGAAUCAACUGUGAAAGAAACAACCAAAUCUAACGAUGAAGAGCAACAAACCAAUAAGAACACCAACAGCAAGUCUUCCAGCAGCGACAAUAAUAAUACAAAUACAAAUGAGAAUGCUACUCAAAGUCAAGUUAUGACUUUGAUGAAUUCAUUAGCAACUCUAUCUGCCGAAAAAUCUCGCAUGGAAGCUUCCUUCCAAGCCGAUAAAAAGCAGCUGCGCACUCAAUUGACACAAAAGGACGGUCAAAUAAAUGAGUUGCAAGAGAAACUCAAGGCGACAAUCAAUCAAGCUGCUCUCGACAUGGAGAACUACAAAGCCAAACUUAUAAUAGAGCGUCAAGAACAUGAGCAAGAAACUAGCAAUCAAAUGCUAAUGAUACGAGAACUCCAGAAGUUGUAUGCAGACGAGCGUCAUUUAAAAGAGAACAUUGAAAUGCAACUGAACAAUCUUAAAACUCAAUUUGCAGCCAACGAUAAUUCCAAUAGUCGGAUAAAAGAACUUCAAUCCCAACUUAAAGAAGCCAAAGCUAAACUUAAACAAUUUGAAACACAAAAAGAAUCAAACGUCGCCUACGACAAUACAUCGUUUUUGCAGCAAUUGCAAAGUGAGAUGUCACAGUUGAAGGAGCAACAUGCUGUGGCCAUCAAGUCCGAACAAAAACGGGCUCACAUUGCCGAGGAACGAAACAAGAAACUUGCAGCUAUUCAUGAGGAUCGUGUUGCAAAUUUGGAAUCCCGUCUUGCUGAAUUGUCAGCGACUGUUGGUACCUACGACCGUUUACGCCACCAAGACCAAGAAAGUAUUCAAGCUCUUAAGAGGAAACUUCAAAACCUCAUCCCACCCAGUGGAGUUUUGGCUGAUAGGUCUUACGAUGCAAGACGGCACUCCAAAUCCUCUUUGAGUGAUAUGUCUUCAAUGGUUGAUGAGAUAAUACGCCUCAAGAAAUUGCUACUAGCCGAAAAUGCCAAUUCAUCUAAUCCCAUUGAUAUUUCCAAAAUAUUUACCGUCGGCUCAAAUCACAGGCAGUGCGAAGAGGAUGCUAGCAAACAGCAGACACUCCUCGACGCAGCCAGAAAUGAUUGUUCGAAGCUGCACGAAGUCAUUCAAGUUCAAAAAUCCCACAUCAGUACCUUGCAAGAUAAAGUCAAGGUCCUUAAUCGAAACAUUGAGGAACAAGAAGUGGAGCUCAAACAACAAGAAGAGCGUCUACGGCAAGCUGUCAAAGAGGAGCGAGAUAAGUGGAAGAACUCAUUGAGUGACAUGGAGAAUGAGUGCCGUUUCAAAUUGAACGAAAUGGAGCAACAGCUGCAAAAGCAACGGGUCCGGUCGUUGCAGCUGCUAGACGAAAAAGAAAACGAAAUAAAAACAUUACAAACAUCCUUCGAUGUAUUUGCUCAACCGAGAAUUGUCCCGAACGAAAGUAACAAUACAGAAGAAUACUCUUCUACGAAUGUGGGUGGGGAGGUUACUAAAACUUCGGCUGAACGAAAAACAUCUUCCUCGAAUGCCAAAACAUUGGGAAUGGGUGAGAAUUGUCACAUGCUCCACUAUGCCAAUGAAAUUGCACGUAAAGACAUAGAAAUCGCUGGUCUAAGGAAGACAAAGUAUGCUGCAGAAACAGCGCUUCGCAAAGCUUUGCAGGACAAAGCAACAAGCGAGGAUGACUUGAGAGAAGAAAUUGCACAACUUAAACAAGAAGUUGAUCGCUUAGAACGUUGCAAGACACGAGAAGGUGCCAAUUUGGAGUAUUUGAAAAAUGUAUUCAUUAGCUUUCUAUCCACAAAGAGCAUUGAGGGUAAACGACAUAUGAUUAAUGCUAUCGGUGCAGUUCUUCAGUUUACUCCUUCAGAAAUUCAAGACAUUAACAGUGCAUUCCAUAAAAAAUAAAAGUGCAGAAGACGAUAAAAUAAAUAAAUACAAAAUUACAUGUUUUCAUAAAUGUUUCAAAAUAAAUAUUUUAUUUAUCUAUAUUGUA